AUGUUCAAGCUUGUCUUAAUGACUUUGCUCCUGGGCUAUGCCCAGGGCUGUGGCAAACCAACGUAUUCGCCAAACACUUCUCGCGUUGUUGGAGGGGAGGAUGCCAGAGCCCACAGCUGGCCUUGGCAGGUCUCUCUCCAGUACGACAAAAAUGGCGUCUGGGCACACACUUGUGGAGGGACCCUUAUCAAGUCCAACUGGGUCUUGACAGCUGCUCAUUGCAUCAGCUCCAGUCGGACUUAUCGCGUCCUUCUGGGCAAACAGAACCUCAACGAGGAAGAGGCCGGUUCUGUGGCUGUUGCUGUGGAGAAGUUGAUCGUCCACGAGAAAUGGAACUCCUUCUUGGUCCUCAAUGACAUCGCCCUUGUCAAACUGGCCGAGCACGUUCAGUUCAGCGACACGAUCCAGCCCUCUUGCCUCCCUGCCACAGACACCUUGCUGGCCCAGGAUUACCCCUGCUACAUCACCGGAUGGGGACGCCUCUGGACCAAUGGUCCCAUCUCUGACAACCUUCAGCAGGCCUUGCUGCCUGUGGUGGAUCACCAGACUUGCACCAAAUGGGAUUGGUGGGGUACCAUGGUCCGGACUACAAUGGUGUGCGCGGGAGGCGAUGGUGUCGUUUCGGGAUGCAACGGGGAUUCUGGAGGUCCCUUGAACUGCCAGGGUGGCAACAGCUGGGAAGUCCAUGGCAUCGUAAGCUUUGGAUCAGGGCUGGGCUGCAACACCGCAAAGAAGCCAACUGUUUUCACCCGGGUGUUUGCUUACACCUCUUGGAUCACGGAGAAACUGAACCAGAACUGAGGAGCCCGUGCCACGGUCCUGUGAAUCGGUGCAAGCUUAAUAAACCUUUUCAUCACAGUU